CAAAACCGCCCUCAGUUCCGGAAGCGACAGUGGAGGAGGGCUCUGCUCCUCCCUGAAGGCGGUGCUGCAUGCCAGAGCAAACCACGCGGAGGGUUGUGGGGCGGAUAGCUCCCCUCCCGAUGGAGACUCAUGGAGUCGGGUGGGCGGGGGACUCCAUGUCCCAGUAUGCCCCGCGGCGGGCCCGACCGGCCGCGACUCGGGGCUUGGCCCCGGCCCUAGCUCGUCGGUGGUGUAUUGGGGCGCGUAGAGGCUGUAGUCACGGUGGCGCCCGCGGGGACGGAGGUGGGAAUGAGUGAAGAGGAGCAGGGCUCCGGCACUACCACGGGCUGCGGGCUGCCCAGUAUAGAGCAAAUGCUGGCGGCCAACCCGGGCAAGACCCCGAUCAGCCUUCUGCAGGAGUAUGGGACCAGAAUAGGGAAGACGCCCGUGUACGACCUUCUCAAAGCCGAGGGCCAAGCCCACCAGCCUAAUUUCACCUUCCGGGUCACCGUUGGCGACACCAGCUGCACUGGUCAGGGCCCCAGCAAGAAGGCAGCCAAGCACAAGGCAGCUGAGGUGGCCCUCAAACACCUCAAAGGGGGGAGCAUGCUGGAGCCGGCCCUGGAGGACAGCAGUUCUUUUUCUCCCCUAGACUCUUUGCUGCCUGAGGACAUUCCAGUUUUUACUACUGCAGCGGCUGCCACUCCGGGUCCAUCUGCUGUUCCAACCAGGAGCCCCCCCAUGGAGGUGCAGCCCCCCGUCUCCCCUCAGCAGUCUGAGUGCAAUCCUGUUGGCGCUCUGCAGGAACUGGUGGUGCAGAAAGGCUGGCGGUUGCCUGAGUACACGGUGACCCAAGAGUCUGGGCCAGCCCACCGCAAAGAGUUUACCAUGACCUGCCGAGUGGAGCGUUUCAUUGAGAUUGGCAGCGGCACUUCCAAAAAGCUGGCAAAGCGUAACGCAGCCGCCAAAAUGCUGCUUCGGGUGCACACGGUGCCUCUGGAUGCCCGGGAUGGGAAUGAGGCAGAGCCCGAUGACGACCACUUCUCCAUUACCCAGAGUUCCUUGGGCCCCCUGUCAGCCUCAGCUUUGGCCUGCCGGGGUGUGGGCUCCCGCCUGGAUGGACUUCGAAACCGGGGCCCAGGCUGCACCUGGGAUUCUCUGCGAAAUUCAGUGGGAGAGAAGAUCCUGUCCCUCCGCAGCUGCUCCUUGGGCGCCUUAGGUGCUCUGGGCCCUGCCUGCUGCAGUGUUCUUAGUGAGCUCUCUGAGGAACAGGCCUUCCAUGUCAGCUACCUGGAUAUUGAGGAACUGAGCCUGAGCGGGCUCUGCCAGUGCCUGGUGGAGCUGUCCACACAGCCGGCGACCGUGUGUCAUGGCUCUGCAACGACCAGGGAGGCAGCCCGUGGUGAGGCUGCUCGCCGUGCCCUGCAGUACCUCAAGAUCAUGGCGGGCAGCAAGUAAAGCCCCAGCUGGACUCACGGACACACGUCCUUGCUCCCUGCUCUUCUUCCCCCAGCCCGUGAGUCUGUUCAGCUCUGGUACCCCUGGAGGUGCCAUCUCUACCUCUGACACAGACUGCCUGCCUGCAGGCUGAGGAGGACACUGGCCCAGGAGCCAGGGACCACGGGGCUUUGGCUGGCCCAAGAUCUGUCCUCAUGGCACUGGUGGUGAUGAGUGGGAAUGAAACCAGGGGGCUCUCCCUUAGAGCCCAGAAUAAAUGCGCUGCCUCUUGCAUUCUGAAA